UGAGAAGUCAACAACUUUUCCAAGGUUGCAUCUGAGCAGGUAGCUCAACAGCGACAUGCCCACGUCCCGGGGCUGUCAUUCAAUUUGUGCAGUGAAACCUAGUACAGGCGGCUCACGUGUGCGGAUCCAACAGCAAGCCUAGCAGCUUGUUUUCUUCUUGGAAAUAUAGUUCCGCUGAGGCAUCGUGCUGCUCUAUGGACGAAACGGUCAAGGAGAAGCUGGGAAAAGAGGAUUAAAACGUCCCUGUCGGCUUCGAGCGGAAAAUAUGACUCCCUUUCUGCGCAUGGGAGCGCAUGUUGUGGCUGUGCUCAUUGUGUGGCUGCUCCUGUCAGCAGGCGCGCAGGAAAAGGACACACCUGAACUACUCUGCGGCCAGGGUCUCUCUGACUGCCACAUGACCAAAGUGUCUUUCAGAGAUGCCCCACCUGAUCCAUAUGGCUCUCUAAAUAUUACACACUUUCAGCUUAACGCCACUCACUGCCACUUGGUCUGUGAACCAUGUCUACAAAUUAAAAUCAGUCUCCAGGUAGGUGCAGAUUUCGAAAAGCAGAGUCCUGACGGAUCAGGUGACGACAGCGAUGAAGAAGCUAUUGUGAAAGUCUGUCUCUCCUUGCCGGGUUCCAUCGAUAUCUGCAGGGCAAUCCGUUUUAAACUAACCUACAUGAGCGCGUCCUCCAAAUACGAGUUGCUGCUGAUAGAGAAAGUGAAUUUUGAGGCUCCUGUUGUGGUCACAGCCGAUUCAAAGGAAACACAAAUCGUCAAAAAUAUCACAUUUCCUGCACCUAAAGAAGUCUGCCCCUUGAAUCUCUUGGAAGAUUUUCAAGAGCUCCACGUUCCCAGGUUCCAUGUAAAUGACACAGAAAGCUCGGUCCGGCUGCAACUGCAAAAUAUUCCUCCCACACAAGAGAAGGUCUAUUGGGGAAUGGAAUGGGAUGACGUAUCUGGACAGCCUCUUCUGUGGCCCACUGGCGAGAGUGAAAUAGUUAUUCCAUCAUAUCUCAUUGCACCAUGCCUAUGCUUCCUGGCAUGGUUUGACAGUAAAAACACGAAAGGGAAGUACUGUCCUUUCACAAAUAAAACAGACGCUCUGAGAAGAAUGCAACACAACAUGUCUGUGACGAUGGUGGAGUCUCCGUUAAGGAUUGGGGAAACGGGACUGAGCUGGAAUGUAACCUCUCCCUGUAAAGUGCAGGCAGAGGUGCAAUUGUGCAAGAAAGACAUGGCAGGGGGCCAGUGUGAAGAAGUGACGGGGUCCAAACAGCAACUCAAGACUACUGGUUGGACUGCGGCGCACAGAGUACACUGGCAAGCAGGGGAGUUCUUGCUCCAGCCACACCCUCAGCUUUGUGUGCAGGUUAAAUCUGAAUGGAUGGUCUCGUUCUCAGAGCCCCAGUGUCCAUUUGAAACACAUCGAGAGAGAUGGAUUCUUUCACUUCUCGUCGGAUUUAUCCUGAUAUGUUUGGCUAUACUUGGAGUCUAUUUGAUACAAGGCGUUCUGAAAGGAUAUGUUUGGAGAUGGUUGAAGGAUGAUGACGUCAAAGGUGCUGUGGGUGGCGGUCAUGUGAUGCUGCUAUAUCCGCCUGAUGAUGACAAGCGUCUCCCAGAGCUCCUAUGUCACUUGGGUUCAUCUCUUCAGGCCCUGGGCUUCACCGUGUCUCUUGACCUCUGGAGCCAGGGCGAACUCAGCGUGCUCGGCCCCGUGCCCUGGCUCCACUCGCGACUGGACCGUCUGAAGCGGCAGGGCGGUAAGGUGGUGCUAGUCCUAACCCAGACCACGUGGACCAGAGCGGAGGAAUGGGGAGCCCGCAGCUGCGAGAACAAUGAAGAGAGCAUCAGAGGAGCGGAGGGGGACUCUGCCUUGUCCCGGCACGUGGAUGUUUUUGGCGCCUCGCUGAGCUGUAUUCUUGCAGACUAUUUACAGGGCCGCGCAGGCGAGCGGUUCAUGCUGGUGCAGUUUGAGUCACUCCCUCCUGCACCUCCGGGUGGUUACCGACCGCUUCCAAGACUUUUUUGUGGACUCCAUCUCUACAGUCUUCCGUCCCAAAGUCUGGGCUUUCUGACUGAGCUGGCGGGCUCCAAACAAAUCGCCUCAGCAUCAGCAAGGCGGAAAAGGGCAGGGGGGCUUCGAAUGGCAUCCAGAGUGUUUGCCAAAAGGCUGUCGGGGUUCACAGCAGGGACAAAUGUGUUGCAUCUUGCUGGUGUAUCUCCAGGCUGUGUUGGGCGGGAAGAGGAAGACUCUGGGGAAACACUACUCUUAGAACCAAAUUUAAUCACACCACCGUCCAGUCCUGAUACAGUGGUCGGUAAAAUGGAUUGGGUCUGACAACUAGAGAGGAUCAUAAAGGACAAGUUAUGGGAGGCUCCAGUGUACCUGGAGUUGAGUUGAUACCUCAAUUAAUGCACAAAGAUAUACAUUUUCUGUUUGUGUUACCCUUACUGUGUCGUGGGAUGCUGAUGCUUGAUGAUCUCCAAGUGUCUCCAGAAGUUAUUGAACAGAAGGCAGUUAAGAGUUAGGACACAACUGCAUGACAUUAGAACAUCUUUCAGUGGAAAUAAUAUUGGUAAAUAUUGGAUUGAUGAUAUCAGUUACGAUAUGCCUAAUAUUUUCCCUCUUGUCUCUAUUGUCUGUGCUUCUUACACUCUGUGAUCUUUAGCAUUUUGGGUCAAUGUUAUUAGUGUCCAGUGAGAGUAUUUGCUGCAGUGAGGCUGUGUCCAACUAGAUUAACAUUGGAAGAAAAUGCAAUUUCAUAAGUCUUGGAAUAUAUUAGCUGGAAUUAUUUCACUCCAAACAGUCCUUUGAAAUAUGAUUAUUGUGCACAUUGAUAUUGCGAUAAUUUGCAAUAUAUUGUGCGGACUAGGUUAGGUUGCUGAUCCAAGACAUGGCAACACAGAAGCACAAAAGGCGAACAAUCACACAGACACAUACCGCCACCUAUGGGGACUUGAAAGAGAAACUUAGCACACUUAGUUUGGACAAUGUGAAGAAAGUGAAGUAACUGGAGAAAACCCACACCUGCAUAGGGAGAAAAUUUGAACUCAGAGUUCAGAAAAUACAUAUGAACACCUGCAGUUAGUUUGAAGUGACCAGUGAACCAUGUUUCUGAACUGAGGGAGGAAUCUGGCAUGUCUGGAAGAAAACACUCAUGCAUGAGGACAACAUGGAAAUUGCUUUAGGACAUGUUGAAGCAUCAUAUUGUUCAACAGUUUUGCUAGUUAGGUUUAUCAAACAGUAAUAUCAGCUUGAUAAGCCUGGAUGCUAUGUGUUUAGCCGCAAGAACAGUUUCAUAUGAUAAAUAUUAGAUCAGUAAAGCUUGAGCAGCUAACUCUUAAGAGAAACAUGAUCCAGCACUGAAACAUGACACUACCUGGAAAAACAAAAUGCAUUAAAAAUAGAAGAUAUUUUUAGGAGUUUGCAAAUUAUGUUUGUGAUCUUGAAAAAGCAAAAUGGCAUUAACACAAAACCUCAAAAAGAGCAUUUUCAGUGUAGCAUGCUCUUGAUAUUUAUACCAACCUUUCCAGAGGCACUGUGUGUAUUUAAGUCAUUUUACCUGUACAUGAUGUUCUUGCAAUUCAUCUGGACAGUAAAAACCCUACAAUUCAUGAAAGAAAAAAUUUAUAUAUAUGAGAGACUACACAUGUAAAUAUGCUAUAUGGUUUGCUCAGGAAUUCUGAGUUGGUUUUAUACUGUGAUUUCUCUUAAAUGUUUUAAUAUGGGAUUGAAUAAAGCAUUAUUGUACUUGUCUAUAAACA